ACCAACUAUCAUAGUCAUUACGGGAUGUUUGUCGUCUGAUUCGUGAUAUGAAAUGAAAAGCGGUAAGAAAAUACAAUAAAAUCAUUAAGCCAAAUUUAAUUUCUUCUUUUUCUUUUUUAGGCUCGUGACCUUACGUAUAGAAUGAGAUUUUCUAGUACUUUGGUGUAGAAAUAUGGCGACUGUAGCUCACAGAUUAGGUCAUCAUCGUGUCCUCUUGCGGAGAGCUUUUCCUUCGCCUUCAAUUUUUAAUCAAAAUGUCAAGAUUUCUACAUUUGGAACAUUUUCUACAAAGAAAAAAUUUAUACUGACAACAUCUGGUAUCUUAGCAACUGGAGCAGCAGGACUUGUAUAUGCAUUAAAUGAAUCUGUUAAGGCAUCAGAGUUAGAAUUACACCCUCCAAAUUAUCCUUGGACUCACAGUGGAGUGUUCAGUUCCCUAGAUCAUGCCAGCAUCCGGAGGGGCUACGAAGUCUACAAACAAGUGUGUGCUGCAUGCCACAGUAUGAAGUUCAUUGCCUAUCGUAACCUGGUAGGAGUAUGUUUUACUGAAGAGGAAGCAAGAGCUGAAGCUGAAGAGGUUCAAGUACUAGAUGGUCCAGAUGAAGAAGGAAAGAUGUUUUUACGACCAGGAAAACUCUCGGACUAUUUUCCAAAUCCAUAUGAAAAUGAUGAAGCAGCAAAAGCUGCCAACAAUGGUGCACUUCCUCCAGACCUUAGCUUUAUCACCCUGGCUCGUCAUGGUGGUGAGGACUACGUCUUUUCCCUAUUGACUGGGUAUUGUGACCCACCAGCAGGCGUAGAAAUCCGAGAAGGACUCUAUUACAAUCCUUACUUUCCAGGGGGUGCUAUUGGAAUGGCACAAGCACUGUAUAAUGAGAUCAUUGAGUAUAAUGAUGGAACCCCAGCCACAACAAGCCAGUUGGCCAAGGAUGUUUCUACUUUUCUGAAGUGGGCUGCUGAACCAGAGCAUGAUGACAGGAAAAAAAUGGCUAUUAAGGCACUGAUGAUUUUCUCCAUGCUGACAGCCGUAGCAUAUUACUACAAACGCCACCGAUGGUCUGUCCUGAAGUCUCGCAAAAUUGUCUUUAAGCCUGGCAACAAAUAACGUUUCUUUUCUUUAAAAAAGAAAAACUAGUAAGUUAAAAUGUACUACCACCUCAUGAGAAAAAUGGUUUUUGUGAAAACAGCCAAUAAUGUGGGUUAAUUCAAAACUAGCCUGUAGUCUGGUUUGUAGCCAUAAUAGAACAUUAUUUAAAUUUCUUAUUGUUCAUUUUCAUCAUACAAGAUUUUGGUGUUCUUCUGUGGUCACCAAAGUAAAUUUACUACAGUGUACUCAGAAUCAGAGAAACUUAAAAUAUUGUUGUCUAUGAACAACAAAAUUAGGCUAUGGAUGAUUUAUAUGAAUUAUUACACACUAUGCAUUGUAUUCAGAAUUUGGCAAUGAUUUUUCAGGUAGGUUUUCAUAGUAACAACUUAUCCAAAUUGAUACUUUUUAAAGAAAUGUUUCUGUUAACAACCACUGUAAUAAAUAUUUGUUAACUGUCACAUUUUACAACACUAGAUGUUAGGUUUCCAAAUAAAAGGUAGUUGUUUCUUGAAA